UUACUACAUCGAAUUCAAAAGCAAACUUAACUAAUAAAUUAAAUAAAAUAAUAAUAAAAAGGAUUUCCAUACAGAAAUUGGCGCUCCAGCAGCAUCAUCAUACUUUUACCGUGCGACGAAGCUUCUUCUUCGUUCGCUCACUUCCGAGAUGCGUCGUUCUGCAUCGAGGAAAACGGGUCAAAGUAAUUCUACGGACUCCGCUGAUCCCUUUCUCUCUGCUUCUGGUAAAGCAUCUUCCAAAGAGAUGGAACGAAUUGACAACCUGUUUUACACAUAUGCAAAUAGAUCUUCUGGUGUGAUUGACCCAGAAGGAAUUGAAGCUCUUUGUUCAGAUUUGGAAGUCAAUCAUACUGAUGUUAGGGUCUUGAUGCUGGCUUGGAAAAUGAAAGCUGAAAAGCAAGGAUACUUUACUCUGGAGGAGUGGCGAAGGGGACUCAAAUCACUGAGGGCUGACAAUGUAAAUAAAUUAAAGAAGUCCCUCCCAGAGCUGGAGAAAGAGGUUAAAAGGCCAUCAAACUUUAUGGAUUUCUAUGCCUAUUCAUUCCGAUAUUGUUUGACAGAAGAGAAACAGAAGAGUGUGGACAUAGAGAGUGUCUGUGAACUGCUAGAUCUUGUUUUAGGAUCCCAAUGUCGUGCCCAGGUUGACUAUUUCAUUGAGUAUCUAAAGGUUCAAACUGAUUACAAGGUCAUAAACAUGGAUCAGUGGAUGGGCUUCUUCAGGUUCUGCAAUGAGGCAUACAUGCACCAAUCAGCAGAGACUUGCCCUUGUAAAAAGAAUAUUUGUUGCUUGUAUUCUGAUUUGGAAUUUAGCUUUGCAAGAACAUUCCUUGGAACAGAUUUUUUGUCAAGGUGGAAGUGUAUAUAUGAUGUGUGGCAAUGUGUCAAAUUUUCUGUUGGAGUAAAUAUUAUAAGCAUUGGGAGCCCACCUUCUGGAGGGAUCUUUACAAGGAUAUGGAGUUGGUUGGAAUUGUAAGUCCACAUGAUUUUCUCUCUUACAGUGUGGAAGUGUGGAUCAGGGUCGCGUUAAAACCAUUGCUACUUUCUCUGUUAUUAGUUCUGAAAAAUAUCUUAUAGUUUAUGCUACAAGAAAGUGAUCAAACUAUCAUUCAAAUAAUCGUAGAAAUUAAAAAGGGGAGAGGAUAUGGGGUUUUAUCUUAUCUUGUAUAGUAUGUUUGCUCCUUUGCAUCUGGUUUUGCAUAAUAACCAGGUGACAUUCUUAGUGGCUUUUUCCCCAUAAAUAAUGAGGUUUUUUUUAAACAUCGUUUUUAUUGGUAUUUAAGCCUUUGAUGACCUUUUAAUCAUUUGACAGAUAAGCUUCCCAGACUUCGAUAACUAUGAUCCGAAUCUGGCUUGGCCGUUGAUCCUAGACAAUUUUGUAGAGUGGAUGAAA